AUGCAUCGCGCAGGGCUGUUGUGUCGUCUCGCCUCACCGAGUCGGAUCAACGCAUAUCGUUCGGCAUCAAGCAACAAAUCCCCGCUUGCCACUUCCACAACACAAACACGCAAAAAUUCUACGGCUGUCAAACACGAGCCAUUCUUGAAUGGCUCUUCAUCGGUGUAUAUCGAGCAAAUGUACGAGGCGUGGCUUCAAGAUCCAUCAUCGGUUCAUGCGUCAUGGGAUGCGUAUUUUAGAAAUGUUGAAGCUGGAGCCGGACCGGGACAGGCUUUCCAUGCUCCACCGGCUUCGACACUUUUUGGUGGAGGUAUCGCCUUGUCGUGAGUUUUUUUUCUGAAACGCAGAACAGAUCCAUAUAUUUUUUUGCCACUCAUCUAUGGUCAUAGAAUUUUCCUGGAACUGUUUCAAGACUUGUCACGUCAUAAUUCAUUUCAAGAAUUCAAACCCUGACUCUUUCCCAAAAUUCAAAACCCAACAAUAUUUAUUUCCAGUGGAUUCUCAACCCCAGUUUCAUCAGCUCCAUCACCAUCAUCAGCUGUCAAUGCCUCAACAUCGGUUCAAUCGAUCUCGGACCACUUGAAAAUCCAAUUGUUGAUUCGUAGUUUCCAAACUCGUGGUCACAAUAUUGCCGAACUCGAUCCACUUGGCAUUAAUAGUGCGGAUUUGGAUGAUACUGUUCCACCUGAGCUCGAAUUAUCCUUCUAUGGAUUUGGAGAACGCGAUUUGGAUAGGUGAUUUUUAAAAUAUUUUUUAAUCAGAAAAUCCGAUUUUUCGAAGGAAAAAAUAAUCUUUUUUGUCUAGGUCUCGAACAAUCUCAUUUCUAUUUUUGUUUUCAGAGAAUUCCUUCUUCCACCAACCACAUUCAUCAGCGAAAAGAAGAGUUUGACAUUGAGAGAAAUCUUGAAGCGACUUCGACAAAUUUAUUGCACAUCGACUGGUGUCGAAUAUAUGCAUGUUAAUAAUUUGGAACAACAAGAUUGGAUUCGACGAAGAUUUGAAGCACCAAGAGUCACCGAAUUAUCACAUGAUCAGAAAAAGGUGAGGAUUUUUUGUUUUAGCUAGAAAAAAAUGAAAAUAAAAUUUCGAAUGUUUCAUUUUUCAUAAUUGUUCCAAAAAGUUCAGAAAAAAUUAUUUGAUUUUGGAUUUUUCAAACUGCUGAUAAGAAAAAUAAAAGAACACGUGAUCAAAUGAUAAAUGAUGAUAAUUUUUUUGCAAAAAAACAAAACACAAAGUAAAAAAUAUUGCGGAGAAUAUUUUUUUGAAGAAAAUUUCAUAUUUGAUUUAAAAAUUAGGGAAUUUUAAAAUCACAGUUUUGAAACAUAUUGAUCGAUGUAAUUUUCUGAAAAGAAAAUUUUAAUUUUGAAAACUAAUGAAAAAAUAUUAAUUCGGAUUGAAGCCCAAAAAUAAACCUUGAAAAAUAUUAAUUUCAAAAAUUGACCAUUUUAGUAUCAAAAACUCAAACAAAUCUCAAUUUUCAGGUUCUCUUCAAACGUCUCAUCCGUUCUACAAAAUUCGAAGAAUUCCUCGCCAAAAAAUGGCCAAGCGAAAAACGUUUCGGUCUCGAAGGUUGCGAAGUUCUCAUUCCAGCCAUCAAACAAGUCAUCGACUCUUCUUCUACUCUCGGAGUCGAUUCUUUUGUAAUUGGAAUGCCACAUCGUGGUCGUCUUAAUGUUCUUGCCAAUGUUUGCCGUCAACCACUCGCUACAAUUCUAUCACAAUUCUCAACUCUCGAACCAGCUGAUGAAGGAUCUGGAGAUGUCAAAUAUCACUUGGGUGUUUGUAUCGAACGACUUAAUCGACAAUCUCAAAGAAAUGUUAAAAUUGCUGUCGUCGCCAAUCCAUCACAUUUGGAAGCUGUUGAUCCAGUUGUCAUUGGAAAAGUUAGAGCUGAAGCAUUUUAUGCGGGAGAUGAAAAAUGCGAUCGAACAAUGGCGAUUUUAUUGCACGGAGAUGCUGCUUUUGCUGGACAAGGUGUUGUUAAUGAAACUUUCAAUUUGAAUGAUUUGACAAGUUAUUCAACUCAUGGAACUAUUCAUAUUGUUGCUAAUAAUCAAAUUGGAUUCACAACUGAUCCUCGAUCAAGUAGAUCUUCUCCAUAUUGUACUGAUGUUGGACGUGUUGUUGGUUGCCCAAUUUUCCAUGUUAAUGUUGAUGAUCCGGAAGCAGUUAUGCAUGUUUGUAAUGUUGCAGCCGAUUGGAGAAAGACUUUCAAGAAGGAUGUUAUUAUUGAUUUGGUUUGUUAUAGAAGGUGAGUUAGAUGUUUAUUAUUUUUUCAAAAAAAAAAUUGGAAGACUUGAUUUUUUGGUCUGUUUUUCUAUUUUUUUAAAGUUCUUUAAAAUUUUCGAAAUUAUCGAAUUCGAAAUAAUUCGCAAAGGAAAAGUUCUGGAAAUUCUUGUUCAAAAAUAUUUUUCGAAGAAAAAAUCGAAGAAUUUUCAAUAAAAAAAUUAUUUUUAUUCAGACACGGUCACAAUGAACUCGACGAGCCGAUGUUCACCCAACCAUUGAUGUACCAAAUUAUCAAGAAAACCAAAACCGCUCUCGAAAAAUAUCAAGAGAAAAUUUUGAACGAAGGAGUCGCCAAUGAACAAUAUGUUAAAGAGGAAUUGACAAAAUAUGGUUCGAUUUUGGAAGAAGCAUAUGAAAAUGCGCAAAAAAUCACAUAUGUUAGAAAUCGUGAUUGGCUUGAUUCACCUUGGGAUGAUUUCUUCAAAAAACGUGAUCCUCUCAAAUUGCCAGCAACUGGAAUUGAAAAUGACAAUAUUCAACAUAUUAUUCAAAAGUUCAGCUCGUAUCCAGAAGGAUUUAAUUUGCAUAGAGGAUUGGAGAGAACAUUGAAAGGAAGACAACAAAUGUUGAAAGAUAAUUCGGUGAGAUUUUUUUGAGCUUGAAAUUUGAGUUUUCUGGUCUAAAAAAACAAAUAUAUUUUCAAAAAAUUGUUUUUUUUUCUCAAAAAUUUCCAACCAAGAAAUACCAAUUUUGCAGCUUGAUUGGGCAAUUGGAGAAGCUUUGGCCUUCGGAAGUUUAUUGAAAGAAGGAAUUCAUGUUCGAUUAUCGGGACAAGAUGUUGAAAGAGGAACAUUCUCACAUCGUCAUCAUGUUCUUCACGAUCAAAAAACCGAUCAAAAAGUGUAUAAUCCAUUGAAUGAUUUGGCUGAAAAACAAGCCGAAUAUACUGUUUGCAAUUCUUCUUUGUCUGAAUACGCUGUUCUUGGAUUUGAACUCGGAUAUUCGAUGGUUGAUCCAAAUUCGUUGGUUAUUUGGGAAGCUCAAUUUGGAGAUUUUUCGAAUACUGCUCAAUGUAUUAUUGAUCAAUUUAUUUCGUCUGGUAAGUGAAAUUUAGAGGACACUCGAUUUUGAAUUUCAAAAACAAAAAUAUUCGUUUUUCAGGUCAAUCAAAAUGGAUUCGUCAAUCCGGUCUAGUCAUGUUAUUACCACACGGUUACGAAGGAAUGGGACCCGAACAUUCAUCAGCCAGACCAGAGAGAUUCCUACAAAUGUGUAACGAAGACGAUGAAAUUGAUUUGAACAAGGUUGCAUUCGGUGGAACUUUUGAAGCUCAACAACUUCACGACACAAAUUGGAUUGUUGCCAAUUGCACAACUCCAGCUAAUAUCUAUCAUUUACUCCGCAGACAAGUCACAAUGCCAUUCCGUAAACCAGCUAUCGUUUUCUCACCAAAAUCUUUGCUCCGUCAUCCAUUGGCUCGUUCGCCAGUUGAGCAUUUCGAACCAGGAUCAUCAUUCCAACGAAUUAUUCCGGAAACUGGAGCUCCAUCUGAGAAUCCACAAAAUGUGAAACGUGUUGUUUUCUGUACUGGAAAAGUGUAUUAUGAUAUGGUUGCAGCCAGAAAACAUGUUGGAAAAGAAUCGGAAGUUGCAUUGGUUCGUGUUGAACAAUUGUCUCCAUUCCCAUAUGAUUUGGUGCAAGAAGAAUGUCGGAAAUAUCAAGGAGCUGAAAUUAUUUGGGCACAAGAGGUUGGAAACUUGGGGGAAAUUAAAAAAAUUAUAUCAAACCUGUGGAAAAUCCUUAAUUUAGGACUAGUUUUUGAUCUGUAAUAAGAAAAAAUUUCUAACAGAAAAUGACAAAAACUAUCAAGAAAAUACAACUAAAAUUUUCAAUUUUUAUUGAAAAGCCUGAAAAUUAGAUUAAUGGAUCAAUUCAUCUGCAGAAAAAAUGAAUUUCGCGACAUUUUUUGUCGCGAAAUUGCAAUUCGCGAAACGACACGAAAUUAAUAAAAUAAAAGAGGAAAUUCUUUUUUCGUGUGUUGGGUCUCGCAGCGAUUACGUGUCCCUUUAAUGUUUCUCCUUUAUUUUUGUGUUUAUUUCGUGUCAUUUCACGAAUUGCAAUUUCGCGACAAAAAAUGUCGCGAAAUUCAUUUUUUCUUCAAAUGAAUUGAUCCAUAACAUUUUUCACUUCAUUUUCAAAUAUUUCACAAAAAAUGGAUUUUUUACGCCAUUAGAACUUGUGUGUUGAAUGGUCUAGCAAACAUUUUUCAACUCGUCAUAUUUCGCAAAUCUUCCAAUUUUUGUUCCAAAUUAUAAAUGUUUUCCAGGAGCACAAAAACAUGGGAGCCUGGUCAUUCGUGCAACCUCGUUUCAACUCACUUUUAUCCGUCGAUGGCCGCCAAACCAAAUACGCUGGCCGACUUCCAUCUUCUUCCCCAGCCACCGGUAACAAAUUCACACAUUUAUUGGAACAAAAGGAAAUGAUGAGCAAAGUUUUUGAUGUGCAAAAAUCGAAACUCGAGGGAUUCAAAGCAUAA